AUGGAUGAAGUUCCUCCAGUUCCACCUCCACCUCCAGAGAGACUCAUUGGUGAUUAUGGAAGUGCAAAUGCACCAGGUGGUAGAUUAACAAUUGUCAACCAACCGCUGGAAACUAAUAAAAUUCUGUUGGAAGAUACAGUAGCUGCUGAAGUGGAAAAGAAAUUGAAAGUUAUGAACAUAGAAAUAGAAGAAAACUUGGUCGAAGAAAAUGGGUUAUUGGAAUUCGAGUUAGAAAUUAAAGAACCAAAGAAAACUGAGGAGGAUGUGGUGAUAAUUCCUAUAAAGGAGAAAGAAAAAGUUGUCAAGCCAAUCAUUAAACUUCCUUAUACUCCGAGACAAAAGAAGAAAAACCAACAUGAGAAGAAUUUUGAGAAGUUUUUGAAGAUAUUUAAGAAACUUGAGAUAAAUAUUCCAUUUUCUGAAGCUCUAGAGAAAAUGCCAAUAUAUGUCAAAUUCAUGAAAGACAUCAUCUCCAAAAAGCGCUCCACAAAUAUAAACCCGAUCAUCCUCACUGAAACUUGUAGUGCUAUUCUCCAAGGUAUGAAAAUUCCUAUGAAAAAUAAAGAUAGGGGUUCGGUUACUAUUCCUUUCACUAUUGGUGGUAGAAAAUUCAAGAAGUCUCUGAUUGAUUUAGGGGCUAGUGUGAGUUUUAUGUCGUUGUCCAUUUAUAAAAAAUUGGGCCUUGGCACCGUUCAAGACGCUAGGAUGACCCUUCGGUAUGUUGAUCGCUCAAUUAGGCGAUCUUAUGGAAUUAUGGAAGAUGUUCUGGUAAAGAUAGAUAAAUUUGUAUUUUCGGUUGACUUUGUCAUUCUUGAGAUGCCUGAAGAUUAG